ACUGCUGCCACACUACUACUGUCAGAUUAAUAGGUGCGGCCAUGUUGAUCUGUAGCGAAUAAAACUGAGUUAAUUUUCUUUUAGGGAAUUAAAAUUGACACAAUAUGCCCAAAUGCGACCUCAAAACGAGAUACAUCCCUGCGACGUUCGCCUGGACAUUACUGUUGGGUACAACAUCCCUGUUUUUUUAUUUCCCGUGUCAAUACUACCUUCACAAGCACCCAUGGGUUCCCGCGUACCAAGGCUUCAUAACGUUUUUUGUUUUGGCCAAUUUUACCCUGGCCACUUUCAUGGACCCGGGGGUUAUACCAAAAGCUCCACCUGACGAGGAUCGAGAGGACGACUUUCGAGCGCCUCUGUAUCGCAGCGUAGAGAUAAAUGGUAUCACGGUGCGGAUGAAAUGGUGCGUCACGUGCAAAUUCUAUCGGCCGCCGCGGUGUUCGCACUGUUCAGUCUGCAAUCACUGCAUAGAAACGUUUGACCACCACUGUCCAUGGGUGAACAACUGCAUUGGACGUCGCAACUACAGAUUCUUCUUCUUCUUCUUAAUAUCUUUGUCCAUACACAUGCUGAGCAUAUUCGGCCUCAGUUUAUAUUAUAUUAUGAAUAAUAACAAAACUUUGACGCUGGUCGAGCCUAUUGUGUCAAUGGUAAUAAUGGGCAUAAUCGCACUACUAGCGAUACCUAUAUUCGGUCUGACGGGGUUCCACAUGGUGCUAGUGUCCCGAGGGCGAACGACGAACGAACAGGUGACGGGCAAGUUCACGGGGGGCUACAACCCCUUCUCGAAAGGAUGCUGGUACAACUGCUGUUAUACGCAGUUCGGACCUCAGUAUCCUAGUCUAGUUCGACCAUCGAAAUACAUAUACAAAGGCGGCAAGAAGCGCCGCGAAGCGCUCCCUGGCGGCGGGCACUCGGCGUCUGCGAUCUCGACGAUCGCGACGGACACGCAGCACCAGGUAAAGACCUACACGGCGGACAACGGCUCCGCGCACCGCCCCGCCGGCCCGCACGCGCACUAUAACAAGUUGGUGUGGGCGGCGCCCUCGCAGCUGUCGCCGGGGCGCGAGGACGCGGAGGGCGAGCUGGACGGGCCGGGCGCGUCGCAGUCGGCGGACUGCGAGCCAACGCCGCCGCCGCUGCAGCGCCGCGGCUCGGCCGCCAACCUGUUCCCGCCCGACCACCACCACCUGCCGCCGCGCCCGCACCACUACCCAAGACUCAGCCCGCUCUCCAGGAACACCAGUCACGGUGGCACCACGACGUCAGGCUACCGGGUGGUGAUGGAGCCGGUGCGGUACGACGCGGGCUCCAACGGCGGCGCGCGGCCCUCGCCCACCAUGCAGCAGCGGAUCAAGGCGCUGGGAGUGCCCACGCCUUUAGCAGUCAGCAGUCCAGUCAGAAGGCCGUACGAUAACGAUAGCGAGGGCUCGGACGAGCUCGCGCGAUUAAACCCCUGACGUGAGCGCCGCGCCUGACAGGUCCAACCCGGGCACGCCGACGCAGCCGCGCCGGCCCGACUUCAUCAGCGUGGGCGGGCGCGCGUCGCCGCAGCGCCGCUUCCUGU